AUGGAGUUGCCCCUAUUAAUUCGAUUUUUCCACCCACCAGUGCGAUUACGGCCUGCAAGGCCCGCCGGAACAGGACUUUGCGUGGUGAGGCAUGCAUCGCUGAGGCCGAGUUCAUGGUCAAGAAGAUCAAAAAGGCCAGUACAGCAACCUAAACCCUCUAACAGUUCUUCAUCUAGAGAGAGACCAGAUAAAAAGUUCACUCAUUCUCGGCCUGAAGGGCGGGAGGGUCCAACAACCCCGGGCACUGAUUCCCAAUACAACACUCUACUUGCCCCGGUCCAUAUACCUGAGGACCCAGAUGGGCUCCUUAAACAGAAUCAUCCUGCUAGCCAGAUUUUGGCCAACUCUGGGCUGGUAGUUCAAAGGCAGCUAGAGAUGAUGAAUGUUUUACUUGGCUUCGAACAAGCAAAUAAAUAUGUGAUUCUAGAUGCACACGGCAAUCAUGUAGGAUAUAUGGCGGAAGGAGAGAAAGGGAUGGGUGGCAUGCUCUCUCGCCAGUGGCUUCAUACACAUCGACCGUUUGUUACCCAUGUCUUCGACAAGAAUCAGAAUGAAGUUUUGCGUUUCCACCGACCUUUUUCUUGGAUCAACUCAACCAUCUUUGUGUUCGAUCCGUAUAAUAAUACAACCGGAUCUCAUGCACCGUUAAUCGGCUUACAACACAAUGAACCAGGCUCGCAAGGAAGUUCUGUUAAGGUAUCUACACUAGAGCAUUCGCAAAUGCGUGUAAUAGGAGCCACACAGCAGCGCUGGGCACCGCUCCGGCGGAAAUACAACUUAUUUCUAUCCCACCCAAACGCCUCGAUACAGCCAUCGCGGGUAAAUCUUCAAGAACCGGCUAUGCCGCCAGAGAAAAUUUUGCAUCAGUUUGCCCAUGUGGAUGAACCAUUUCUAUCAUGGGAUUUUUCAGUGCGUUCAGCUGACUCGCAACUUAUGGGCUCUGUGAAUCGCAAUUUUGUAGGCUUUGCACGGGAGAUAUUUACGGAUACUGGAGCUUAUGCGCUGCGCAUGGAUUCAGCCGGUACGGCCGAGGAGUUGCAAUCAAAAGGUACUGCAUCAAUAAGGCAUGGCCCAGCCCCAAGCAUGUCAUUGGAUCAACGAGCAGUUUUGCUUGCUACGGCUGUGACUAUUGACUUUGACUAUUUCAGCCGUCACAGCAGCGGGCCUAGCAUAGUGCCUAUCCCAUUCUUUGGCCUCGGCGAAAGCGGUGCUGUGGCAGCUACCGGAGGAGCUGGGGCGAUGGAGGGUGCUACGGCAGGGGCAGUUGGUGCUAGUUCUCUGGCAGGAUACGAAGCCAUGCGUAGGGGAAGCUCAACAGCCCAGGAGUCAACACAUCCACCCCAGAAUCCAGAGGAACAGCAAGCACAGCAACAUGAAGACAUCGGACAAGGGGCAAACGAAGAGGUAUGGGGGGAGGUUGGUCAAUAUCCCUGGGACCAAAGAGAUGAAAGCCCGUUUUCGAGAGAACAGGACGUCUGGCCUAGUGAUGGCGGUGAUUCAUGGGGCGACGGUGGUGAUGAUGACUCUUUCUAG